CACUUUUAUAAUCGUGACAAUCGAGACCGGUGUAGCUUCUGCACUAAAGCUCUUGGUCUCUUUUACUAUUGAGUUUUUUUCAUUCAGAGAUUUAUUAUCAAUCAGUUAUCACAUGAUAGUCUCUGUCUGAUCCCAGUUCGCCCGAGUGAGGUUGUCAGUCGUGCAGACGCCGCCACCGCGACCACGACUCGAUCGCGAGUUCUUCCUCGUGUGUGAAUGAGGUAAUUCCUUCGUAUCCAGUGCUUGUUUCGUUUCAAUAUCAUUUUAUUUUAAUAAAUAUUUAUUAUAUUUAAACUUUAUCCGUGCUUACAUUUAUAUUUAACCGUUUGUGCGUCAAGGAUAAUACACGAAUAAAAGGGUCCAGUGUUAUGUCUUGAGGAUACUUAAAUUACUAGGCGCAAUCUUUAGACUAUAGUGAAAAUUUACAACUCUUAGUUGACACCCGUACUACCACGGUCCAGUAAUAAUAAUAAAAUAAAAUAAUUGCCGGAAUUUCGGCUUGUAAAAUUUCGGCAAAUAAAAAUUUCGGAUUGAUUAAAAGUAAAGAAGAAAAAAUGGCCGAAACCUCGAGAGACCCGGAGCUCGCUGAAGCCGAAAACAUCGACGAGGUUCGCGCAGCUUUGAAUCUGAUGUGUGCUUCCACUGCGCCCAAAAAAAAGCCCUUGCCUGAAAGAGACUCCUGGAGCAGCAAGCUUGAUUUUAUUCUCAGUGUUGUCGGACUGGCCAUCGGGCUGGGAAACGUGUGGCGAUUUCCUUACCUCUGUUACAAAAACGGUGGCGGCGCGUUCCUGAUCCCCUAUUUCUUAACCCUGUUCCUCGCCGGGAUUCCCAUGUUCUUCAUGGAGCUGGCGCUGGGCCAAAUGCUGACCAUCGGUGGCCUCGGUGUCUUCAAAAUCGCCCCCAUUUUCAAGGGAAUCGGGUACGCAGCCGCGGUCAUGUCCUGCUGGAUGAACAUUUACUACAUCGUUAUCCUCGCCUGGGCCAUUUUCUACUUCUUCGUCUCUAUGAGGAGUGUCGUUACGACCACAGUCUUGCCCUGGGCUACUUGUAACAAUGUUUGGAACACCAAAAACUGCAUCAAUCCGUACAACCGCAGCUCGCUUCACUGUUGGGACCAAAUUUCCAAAAGUGGUGUCGUUAAAAUGUGCUCUGUUAACAGUGUUAAUGUUUCUGUUUCUGAACUCAGUGAUCCUGUUAAAGAAUUUUGGGAACGACGAGCAUUGCAAAUUUCGGAAGGAAUAGAGCAUGUAGGAGGAGUCCGUUGGGAGCUAGCCGGUACAUUAUUAAUCGUCUGGAUAAUGUGCUACUUCUGUAUCUGGAAAGGGGUAAAGUGGACAGGAAAAGUCGUCUACUUCACAGCCUUAUUUCCGUACGUACUUCUCACAAUUCUACUUAUCCGAGGAAUAACUCUACCCGGCGCGAUGGAGGGCAUACACUUCUACAUCAGCCCGAACCUCUCGAAGCUCAAAGAAUCUCAGGUGUGGAUUGACGCAGUAACGCAAAUUUUCUUCUCAUACGGCCUGGGUCUGGGAACGCUGGUCGCUUUGGGAAGCUACAACAAGUUCACGAACAACGUCUACAAGGACGCGCUGAUCGUCUGUACGGUGAAUUCCUCGACGAGUAUGUUCGCCGGGUUUGUCAUUUUCUCGGUAGUAGGAUUCAUGGCGCACGAGCAGCAGAAGCCGGUCGCUGAAGUGGCAGCUUCUGGUCCGGGGCUGGCCUUCCUGGCUUAUCCUUCGGCGGUUCUUCAGCUGCCCGGAGCUCCGCUUUGGUCUUGUCUUUUCUUCUUCAUGCUACUGCUGAUCGGUUUGGACUCUCAGUUUUGUACUAUGGAAGGAUUCAUCACUGCUAUGGUUGACGAAUGGCCAAAACUACUUCGGAGGCGCAAAGAACUGUUCAUAGCCGUGGUCUGUCUGAUCUCUUACAUAGUCGGGCUGUCUUGCAUAUCCCAGGGUGGAAUGUACGUCUUCCAAAUCCUUGAUUCCUACGCAGUGUCUGGUUUCUGUCUGCUCUUCCUCAUUUUCUUCGAGUGCAUCGCUAUUAGCUGGGCUUUUGGAGUCAAUAGAUUCUACGAUGGUAUCAGAGAUAUGAUUGGGUACUAUCCUAUUGGAUGGUGGAAAUUCUGCUGGACUAUCACCACUCCUCUUAUUUGUGUUGGUGUAUUCUUCUUUAAUUUGAUCCAAUGGACGCCAAUAAAAUACCUAAAUUAUGAAUAUCCAUGGUGGUCACACGCAUUCGGCUGGUUUACGGCUUUAUCAUCAAUGUUAUGUAUUCCCGGAUACAUGAUUUAUAUCUGGAUGAGAACGCCUGGAGACACUAGUACGAAAAUGAAAUUACUCGUAAGAAUAGAAGAAGACGUACCGAGUUUACGAGUAAAAAUGGGUCUUCCAGCAGUAGAAUUAUCACCAUUGUAGACUUUAAUAUAAAUAAGACAACUCUGUGUCAAAAGUAUAUUUUAAAAUCAUUAUUAUUAUUAAAAUAAAAAAUCGAU